UGACAAAAAAAAAAGCCGGACUCCUAUCAAUGGGAUGUGAUAAAAAAUACCUUUGUUAAGUCAGAUAGUUGGAGAGGGUAAAGUACCGCUUAUCAUCUUUGGCCUCAAAACACCUGACUUGAUCAUAUAAAUUCUUUUUAAAGAGUCCAGCUUUUUUUGUCACCCGCCUGGUGGAUAAGACUAUCCGUCAGGCGGACCCAAACUCUUCUCGGCUCAGCCAUCACGCACGCAAUGUUUGCCCAAUGGCGUCGGUCCUGUGGCUGCGCCGUCGCUGCAAGCUGCCGAUUUUGCUGCAUGUUGCAUCAAUUUUGUAUGUCGAGUCGGUCAGGCCGAGCGCCGCUUGCGAUUACCUAAGGCUGCGAACGCACGUAGCUGAUUCAUACGAAUGGACAAACGUAUCCAUACAGAGCACACACUUCGAGUAUCCAAGGAGUGCUGAGCCUGGAGCUUGUAACCUAGAGAUUCGUCCGUCACCUCUUAUCUUAUCAGUUUGGAGUUGGAGGGCAAGAUGAGGGGUCGCGGGGUCGAGCUCAGUGUUGUCGCACUCUGGGAAAUAGAGGGGCAUUGUGUUUUCGUUCUGGGGGAUUGUAGAUGAGGGAAAAAAUUGAAAACGGCAAGGGACGAGGGCAUUGUGACACCAGGAACAUCGACUUGAACAGUGAUUGAUUGUCUUUUCUGUAAAGAGAUCAGCCGACCGCAUUCGACCAAGCCUUCAUUGACGAGGUCUUUCAACUGUUACCACUAUCCAACCCUCUUCGUCCUGCAAAAACUGAUAGCAAACGCUUCACUUUGUAUACGAGCUCCGCAUUACCGCCGACUUGCCAUCCAUGGGCGCCCAGCAAUCCUCUGGACGGGGCCAGGGCGAGGACCCCUCCCAACCCGUCAAAACAUGCUACUACGAGCUUCUCGGCGUCCAGCGCGAUGCCACCGACGAUGAAAUCAAGAAAUCCUACAGAAGACGCGCACUGGAGCUUCACCCCGAUCGGAACCUCAACGAUGUCCAGAAUGCAACCCGUCGCUUUGCCGAGAUCCAGGCCGCAUACGAAGUCUUGUCAGACCCGCAGGAAAGGUCGUGGUAUGACUCCCAUCGCGAAGCCAUUCUGCGUGGUGCCGACCCCGACUCGGACGACCGCAAUCCUGAGUACAACGACGUCAAGCUCACGUCCACCGACGACAUUUUCUCCCUCAUCCGCCGCUUCAAUUCCACUGUGCCCUUCACAGAUGAGCCCGCUGGCUUCUUUGGUAUAGUCAAGGCGACCUUCGAUCACUUGGCCGACGAAGAAGUUGCAGCCGGCGAGUACACGCCUGGAGAUGCUCCAGACUAUCCUUCAUUUGGGGUUUCCACCGAUAGCUAUGAGGCUGUCGCUAAGCCCUUCUACGGCGCCUGGGCGAGCUUUUCUACCCACAAACCUUUUGCGUGGAAGGACAAAUAUCGACUUUCGGAUGCUCCAGAUCGUCGUGUCCGGCGCCUGAUGGAAAAAGAAAACAAAAAGAUUCGCGAUGAGGCCAUCCGGGACUUCAAUGAUGCCGUCAGGUUCCUUGUCACAUUUGUACGUAAGCGUGACCCCCGCUACCUCCCAAACACACAAACAGCCGCGGAGCGUCAGGAGUCUUUGCGCAAUGCCGCCGCUGCUCAAGCUGCCCGAUCCCGUGCCGCAAACAAGGAGAGGCUUUCCGCAGCAUUCGUUCCCGACUGGGCUCAGACACGGGACGAAGCGGACGCUAGUGCCCAUUUCCCCGAAAGCGAGGAGGAAGAUUCAGAAGUGGAAGAAAUCGAGUGUGUCGUGUGUAGCAAAACGUUCAAAAGUGAGAAGUCGUUUGAGGCGCAUGAAAGAAGUAAGAAACAUGUCAAGGCUGUGCAGCAGUUGAGGCGCCAGAUGAGGGAGGAGGAUUUAGACUUGAGCCUCCAUGAGACGCCUGCUGCAACUGACAGGGGCAUUUCAGUGGAGGACGCACAGGAAGGCGCUGGCGAGCAACCAAAUAUCAAGCCUGUAAAGGGCAACGAUGAAGACCCGGUUGAGUCAGAACUGUGCACCGAAGAAGUCGAAUUCUCUGACACCACAUCCGAACCUCUGGGAGGCGACGAGUAUGCCUCGCGAGCUGACGUCGAGAAGAGACUAUUUGCCGACCAAAACCCCCUAACUGGGACAGAACGAUACAACGCAUCAAAAUCCAACCCCGCAGAGGUAUCAGCCAGCCUAGAAAGCCUGUCGCUAGGCGACGAUGACGGCGAACAGCGGGAUGAUAGCCGGAUACCACCCAAAAAGGUUGGCAAAGCCAAGGCGAAACGUGAAAAACGAGCGGCCCGUCAGAUGGCCGAAGCGACCCAGGCUGGCACACAUACAUGUGGUGUUUGCGAGGAUUCCUUCACCUCCAAGACAAAACUCUUUGCGCACAUCCGGGAUCUCGAUCACGCCGCACCUGUUGCAAAACCCACAGCAGACGACAAGAGAAAGAAGCGCUAGGUUAGCUGCCAUCUACUUGUAAACAUCUGCCGUCAACACCCAUGAUGACUGUCCAAGAACGGGAGGGACAGGUUAAGAUUCAGAAUCAGAAAUACUAAAUGCACCCAAUCCGU